CUGGAUGAACUUCGGGCUGAAAUGGAAGAAAUGCGUGACAGCUAUUUAGAGGAAGAUGUUUACCAGCUGCAGGAGCUCCGGCGAGAGCUGGACCGGGCAAACAAGAAUUGCCGCAUUCUGCAAUAUCGUCUCAGGAAAGCCGAACAGAAAAGCUUGAAAGUUGCACAAACAGGCCAUGUGGAUGGAGAGCUCAUUAGGAGCCUGGAACAAGAUUUAAAGGUAGCCAAAGAUGUUUCUGUCAGACUGCACCACGAGCUGGAAAGCGUGGAGGAGAAGCGUGUUAAAGCAGAAGAUGAAAAUGAAAUCCUUCGGCAGCAAAUUAUUGAGGUGGAAGUAUCCAAGCAGACACUGCAAAAUGAGCUGGACAAGUUAAAAGAGAGUUCCCUGAAGAGAAGAGGCAGCAGAGAAAUGCACAAAGAAAAAAAGGCAUUUACCCAGAAUUGCAAAACGGAGCUUCUUGGAAAAUACCAGGCACCAGGAAAAACACAAAGAAAAGUGGUUCUCCAGCGCAAGGAGGACAGCGCUGAUUUGAAGUGCCAGCUCCAGUUUGCCAAAGAGGAGGCAGCACUGAUGCGUAAGAAGAUGGCCAAACUAGGGAGGGAGAAGGAUGAAUUGGAGCAGGAGCUUCAGAAGUAUAAGUCCAUCUAUGGAGACGUGGACAGUCCCCUUCCUACGGGGGAGGCAGGGGGCCCACCCAGCACCAGGGAGGCUGAGCUGAAGCUUCGUUUGAAGCUGGUGGAGGAGGAAGCGAACAUACUGGGCAGAAAAAUAGUGGAACUGGAGGUGGAAAACAGGGGGAUUAAAGCUGAGAUGGAGGAUAUGAGGUGCCAGUAUGAAAAAGAGUGUCUCAGCAGGGACCACAUUUCAAGCAUUCCUACCUCGCCCUAUGGCGACUCUGUGGAGUCAGCCACGGAGCUGCGCCGGCACCUGCAGUUUGUGGAAGAGGAAGCAGAACUGCUGAGGCGGUCAAUCUCCGAAAUCGAGGAUCACAACAAGCAGUUAACAAACGAGCUGAAUAAAUUCAAGUUUGAGCCAGGACAGGAGCCAAGCUGGUUGGAUGACGCAGCAUCCAAGUGCGGUGGCGCCUUGCAGGAGGAACUGAAGUCGGCCAGGUGUCAAAUCAACGAGCUGAGUGGGAAAGUGAUGAAGCUCCAGUAUGAGAACAGGGUCCUGAUGUCCAAUGUACAGCGUUACGACCUUGCCUCUCACCUGGGCCUGCGCACUUCCAGCCCCAGGGACAGUGAUGCUGACAGCGAUGCCGGGAAGAAGGAGAGUGACAGUGAAGAGGGUCGCCCACCCCAGCCAAAGAGAGAAGGUCCCAUUGGGGGCGAGAGUGACUCUGAAGAAGUUUACGAGAAGACGUCGGGUUUUGGGAGCGGGAAGCCAUCCGAAGUCAGUGACCUGUGCUCCACUGAGCUCAUGAGGGUGAAAGAGGACACCGAGUCUUUAAUUAACAUCAAACGCGAGGCUGAGCGGCUUGAAAGGACCGUGGACCGCCUUAUCACUGAUACGGACAGCUUGAUUUAUGAUGCGAAGGUGCAUGUAACCAGCAGCCCAUCCACUGAGCAGGAUUUCAAAGGUGGUGAGGAAAGGGGAGAAGAUAAGCACCAACCGGAGCUUCUGGACACCAUCAACUCCAGGAUGAAAGCUUUCCGGAAGGAGCUGCAGACCUUCCUAGAGAAGGUUGAUCACAUUGGGGAAGGCCUUAAAGAGCAGAUGGAGGACCUCUCCCCUCUUCCGCAUCUCACAGAGUCUUCCAGUUUUCUGUCCACAAUGACGUCCAUGUCUCGAGACUCUCCCAUUGGUAACUUGGGGAAGGAGUUAAUCACCGACUUCCAGUCCAAACUGAGGGAUCAGAUGGAGUGGCAGCUCAAACAAGAUCGUGGAGAGGAGCGAGAGAUUCACCACCAGCGAGCCACCACCGACCCACACCGCAGAGCUGAUGGAGACAUUAAACUCUACAGGCCAGGAGACAAGGGCUGUUUCAGUCUAGAGAAUGUAUCGAUACAGGAGCUUCAGGCUCAGCUUGAGCAGGAGACGAGACUUCACCGAGAGGAGCAAGAAAAGUUUGCAGAAAGGAUCAUCCAGCUGGAGGAGGAGCAUAUGCAGACCCUGCGGAGGAAAGACUUGGAAGUGCAGAGCUUGACUUUGCAGAACAAACUAGAAGAGAAGACCUGGAGCCAGGAGAAAAGUCUGCUGCAGCAAGAACUCAGGCAUUUCAAGCAGGACACCUUUCUCCUGUAUGUCAAACUGAAGUGGCUGCUGAAACAUUGGCGGCAAGGCAAGCGAAUGGAAGAGGAAGGGGAAGACAUGUUAGAGGUUGAGCACCCUGAAGCUCUCCCGGACUUUGGCAUUCAGUCUGAGCAGAAGGUGGAUGAUGCAGAACGAGAGGAGGAGGAAGAGGAUGUUGUGUUUGCACUAACAGAUUUUUCCCAGCGUCCCACCACGGAGAGCACUGAUCAUGGACCACAACUGCAGACUGCAGAACUACUGCAGCAGCAGAAGCAGGCAAGUGAAAAUCGGAAGCUCCUGAAUGCUCUGAAGGGUUUGCUGGAUGACUUCCGCUCGGAGCUGCGGGACGAGGAGCGUGAGCGCCAGGGGCUGCAGCAGCAGUACGCCCUGCACAAGGCAGCCUGGGAGGUGGAAAUGACUGAACUGAAGUGUCACCUCGAACAGCUGGAAGGGAAGAGUGAGAACACCUCAGGAGAAACAGGCCUCAUAGCUGAGAAGGGAGCUUUUAAAAGAGAAAGAGAGGAGCACAAGAAGCUUCUGGCUGAGAGUCAUGGUGUAGUGAUGGACCUCCGCUGGCAAAUCCAGCACAGUGAGAAGAACUGGAACCGGGAAAAGGUGGAGCUCCUGGACAGGCUUGACAGAGACCGGCGAGAAUGGGAGCGUCAAAAGAAGGAGCUGCUCAGGCGGAUAGAGCAGCUUCAGAAGGAAGUGAGCCCGCGAAGAGGAGGUGGUUUUCUGUGUGACCAGAAGGAGAGUAACCUUCGUCCAUUUACGACCCAGGGGAACCUUCACGUGCCUCGUCCGAUGGGGUCAAGAUCCUACUCUGAUUCAGAUGCCAUUCAGUUUGAUGAUCGGUCACUGUCUAAGCUGAAAGAGAGCGAUCGGUGCAGCGCCACGGAAAACCUCUUUCUGGAGUCACUGUCUCUUGAUUCCCCUGAUGAGUCUGAUGAGCACCGGUCUCGGCAGACGGAGCGGGAGAAAUUCUUGACGGGAUUAACAGAAGAGGAAGAAACACACAAAGGAAAUCUUCAAAGGGCAAUGUCUGUUUCUUCCAUGUCAGAAUUCCAGCGCCUGAUGGAUAUUUCUCCAUUUCUACCAGAAAAAAACUUGCCUUUAUCCAGCAGCAAAGACGACAUAACCCCUCCCCUGUCUCCUGAUGAUCUGAAAUACAUCGAGGAGUUCAACAAAAAUUGGGAUUACAGUACCACUAGGAACCAUGGUGGGGCCACCGAGAAGCCUGCAGAAGGCUGGGCAGAAAGGACAGAAAUUGGGAAAGCUGGGAAUGAUCCUGCUUCAGAUCCCUUCCAGGCAUCAUCAUGGUACCUCACCACCAGUGUCACUAUGACAACUAACACCAUGACCAGCCCGGAGCACUGCCAGAAGCAGCCAACGAGGAGUCACGGAGUAACUGAAAAAAUGGGAGUUCGGGUCUUUCACAGCCCACCGGUUGUCCGUAGGUUUGAUAACUCAGUGAUAGCUGGCAGCGAAGGGAAAAACCAGGUUGAGCCAGACUUCCUAUUUUCUGUGACCAAAGCUAUGGGGAAUGUUGCUGAGACAAAAGGUGCUUCCUCGGAUAUGUUUGGAAGAUGGUCUUGUGACCUGGCCAAACAUCAUAAGGAUUUUCUGGACAGUGGUCUUCAUCCCAUUGAGCGUCCUAUUUGCACUACUGUGGGCUUUGCCUCACCCUUGCACAGCUUGGAGAUGUCCAAAAAUAUGAGUGAUGAUAUGAAGGAGGUUGCUUUCUCUGUCCGAAACGCAAUACGCUCUAAUUCAACAGAGCCUCAGUUUAAGGACACCGCAUGUCAAACCAAUGGUAUGAGAACAACGGGGACGCAGACCACCCAGACGAUCAGUGUUGGCUUGCAGACGGAAACCCUGCGCAAUAUCACCAGCAGUCCACACAAGUGUCUGACACCAAAGGGGGGGUCCACGCCUGUCUCUUCACCAUCCAGAAGCCUAAGAAGCAGGCAAGUGACCCCCGUCAUCGAAAAGGUCCAGGCUAAGUUUGAACGCACAUGCUGCUCCCCCAAAUAUGGCUCUCCAAAGUUGCAAAGAAAAAUCCUUCCCAAAUCAGACCAGCCAAAUAACCGGACUUUGCCUGGCACACCUCAGAAAGGAUUCAGUGAGUCUGCUUGGGCUAGAUCAACUACUACAAGGGAGAGUCCUGUCCACACUACCAUCAAUGAUGGCCUCUCCAGUUUGUUCAACAUUAUUGACCAUAGCCCCAUCUUUCAUGAGACCUUCCAAAAAUGCCCCAGGUCUAGCAGCCGGUCCAGGUCAGCAGAACCCAGAGCAGAACUGGGUCCACUGCAGGAGCCGUGUACAAAUGCCCGUGGCAGAUCACCCAGUCCUCUCCGGUUGGGGACAGAGUCGCAAAAGGAAGAAGGGACUGAGGUGACAAGUAUCAGGCAGGACUUAUCUGCUCCUCCAGGGUACACACUUACAGAAAAUGCUGCCAGGAUCUUGAAUAAGAAACUUUUGGAGCAUGCCUUAAAGGAAGAGAGAAGGCUACCUUCACACAGCCCACCAAAUCUUAGCAAUGACAACAGCACAGGAGAAAUUGUCAAAGUAGAUCCAGGGUCCAUAGAGGAACUACCUUGUUCUGCACUAGCCCCAUCCCUCCAACCCUGCUUCUCCCGGCCAGAGAGACCAGCGAACCGGCGCCCACCGUCACGAUGGGCUUCACAUUCCCCUACUGCCUCACAGUCGCAGUCCACCGGAGACCUGACUUCCUCAGAGGAGAGCAGCAGCAAGGAGCCGCCGGCAGAGACCCCCAGCCAGGGAAGCGAGCCGGCCUGA